ACAAUAAAAUAUCGCCACGACCUUCAUCCGUUCAGCGAGGCGCGCUGACGUCACAGGACUCGGAACUUGCUCUCCGGAAAACACGCGAUAGCUUAUGCAAGUCGGUGCAAGUGCAUUGAGGUUCAUAAUACCCGACAUCUCGCGUGCAUCUGUUACCGCUCUGGCAGUCGCAGGCGAGAUGCUGCACACGCUUUCGUCAACGCGCCCGGCGCGCGGCGGUGCUUACCAUGCGGCAGGUAGCGGCCUCAUGCCGCUGAGCAUGCUGCGACCGCGGCCGGCGUCUUCAGGCCGCCUGCCGCUGGGCCCUGGCCCCCUCCCCACCACGCCCUCCCCCCUCCAGCGCCUGCACCUCUACUCCGACCGCACUCACGACGACCCACACCACCCCUCCACCGUCGCGCGCUUCAAGGGCGCCGCGGCUGCCGACGACGGCAGCUCCCAACAGCCCAUCGCGCCCGUCUCCUCCAGCGACGCCCCCGCCCCGGGCACGGCUGCGCCACUGGCGCCGGUGCUUCUGGCGGUGGCGGUGGCGUGUGCCGGCAGCUUUGCUUUUGGAUUCAACCUGUCCAUCAUCAACGGGCCGCUGGAGACCAUUGCCACUGAGCUGGGCAUUGCGGGCAACAAGGCGCUCAUGGGGCUGGUUGUGAGCAGCACACUGGCGGGUGCGGCCCUGGGCAGCCUGGCGGGCGGCGGCGUGGCGGACAGCCUGGGCCGCCGCGUGUCCUUCCUGCUGGCGGCCGUGCCCAUGGUGGCUGGCCCGCUCAUCAGCGCCGCCGCCGGCGACAUCAACACCAUGGCUGCGGGCCGCUUCCUGACCGGCGCUGCCAUUGGCCUGUCGUCGGCGCUGGUGCCCACCUACAUCAGCGAGGUGGCGCCCACGCGCAUCCGCGGCACCCUGGGUGCCCUGAACCAGCUGUGCAUCUGCCUGGGUAUCCUGGGCGCGCUGCUGGUCAACGUGGUGGUGCCGGCCGCCGCCUGGAGGACCAUGUUCCAGGCGGCGGCGGCGCCCGCGGCGCUGCUGGGGCUGGGCAUGCUGCUGGGCCCCGAGAGCCCGCGCUGGCUGGCCUCCAAGCACCGGGAUGCCGCGGCGCGUGAUGCGGCGGUGCGGCUGUGGGGCCCCAGCGGCCCCGCCGAGCUCGACCUCAGCCGCCCCGCAGCCACCGCCGCCGCCAGCGCCAACGCCGGCCGGGCGGCAGCGUCCGACGUGGAUGGCGGCACUGCGGUGGCUCAGCCCGGCGGCCUGGCGCUGCUGUCCGGCCCCGCCGCCCGGCCGCUGCUGAUCGGCGUGCUGCUGUUCGCGUUCCAGCAGUUCGCGGGCAUCAACGCCCUGGUCUACUUCUCAUCCUCCGUGUUCCGACAGGCGGGCGUGUCCAGUGACGCGCUGGCCAGUGCUGCGGUGGGCGCCACCAACGUGCUGGGCACCCUGGUGGCGGCCUCGCUCAUGGAGCGGGCGGGGCGCAAGCAGCUCAUGGCGGGCAGCUUCAUGGGGCAGGCCGCCGCCAUGUUCGCAAUGGCCGCCGGCUUCAGCCUGCCCGCGCUGCAGCCGUACGCCGGCACCAUCGCGGUGGUGGGCACGCUGUCGUACAUCGCCGCAUUCGCGCUGGGGGCGGGGCCCGUGCCCGCGCUCAUCGUGCCCGAGCUCAACCCCCUGGCCACACGAGGCAAGGCUGUCUCUGCGGCCUUCGUCAGCCACUGGGUGUGCAAUGUGCUUGUGGGGCAGUCCUUCCUGGCGGCAGUGCAGUCGUACGGUCUGGCCCCGGUGUACACCUUCUUCGGCCUCAUGGCGCUGGCGGGGGCGGCGUACGUCAACAGCCAGGUGCCCGAGACCAAGGGCAAGACGCUGGAGCAGAUUGAGGCCGAGCUGCGCGCAGGAGCCAAGGCGGCGUAGGCAGUGGGGCAUUGAAAGAAGAGGAGAGUAACACAGGUGGCUGCGGCCCACUGGAGGGGCUGGCGCUGGUCGGCGAGGAGGAGGAGGAGGAGGAGGGGACGGGGUGGAGUAGGGCUCUCUGAGGUUGGCGCUGCUUGGCGCGGCGGCUGUUGAGCAUUUUGAGGCGGGGGCGCAGCGCAAUGUUUCGUUUCAUGAAUUGGAUCGGGGUGCCGCCCGCAAGAGUUUUAAUUGCUCACAUGCGUCCUGUGUGUGCCGUUGAAGUGUGGGGAAUCGUACAGUGCGCCAUUCGACUGAUGCAAGCUCGUAAGAGGACCUGUUGCAAGAGCGACCACGUGUGUUGGGGAGGGACUGUUGGGAGAUACGGUAUCACGGAGAGCGGAAACGCGGAUAGAGGCGGGUGCCAGACCACGCAAAACACACACACACACUUUCAACACACAGUGUCAUUGGCAAGUUGUUAAAUG